AAAGAAAAGAAAAAUGUCCUCUGUUAGGUUUAAGUUUAUUCUAAUAACUCUUUACUAUUUCCAAGCAAUCACAGGUGGUUUUGAGAAAUCUGUAUCAUGGAAGGAAGCAAAACGUGAAUGUAAGACGAUGUACAAAAUUUUGUCCCCUUUGAAGUCAGUCCAGCGCUAUUUGGAAACUAACAAUUGGACAACUCGAUCGGUAUGGACAUCAAAUUAUGGCCUCAAUUUAGGAUGCAAUCGUACCUCAGGUUUUUGUAGUAGGUUAUACAUUGAGCAAAUUCCGAAGAGCGAACAUUAUGAAGGAUUGUGUGAGAAUGCAGAUUACUCAGUCACCGGAAUUGGAACACAUUUUCAAAUUGGGUCCAACAAUACCUUUGAAGAAACAUGCAUAAAAGGUUUUCCCGUCGACGUAAUCGAUAUGUCAGCACUUAGGCAUGCAAUCGAAGAAAUGGAAGUCAAUACAAAAUACUGGAUAAAUUCUGCGAAUAUUGCUAUUGACAGCUUUGUUCUACACUGUAUGCUUUACAUCAGAUACCAAAAUAGAACAGGAAAUUAUGAACAGCUGACAAAAACUGAUUGUAGAGAAAAGUAUCCAUUUAUGUGUAUAGAAGGUGAUAGUUAUGGCACAGUUAUUUCUAAAAUGACAUUUCCAAAUAAUGUUGACCUUACAACACAGGCAGUGUUGAAAACAAAUCAAUCUGAAGUCAACUCUUCCGAAGAAGGGACAGUUACUGCUAUAACAUUGACAGUAGGCAUGUUGGUCAUUGGACUAGUUGUGAUCUUUGUGAUUUAUAGGAAGAAACUGUCAUGUGGUAAUUAGAACGCCGUGCAGCAGUUAACUUCGAAUCUUGACAAAUGCUAUCAACGAAACAGUGUAUUAGCAUUAACGUAACAAACGUAGAAAUAUGUGUUCCACUGUAAUUUGAAUGAUGAUGAUGUUAGAUUUUACAAGAUCAUCUUAAAUUACUAUCAUGUAAAACACGUUGAUUUUGUUCAAGUUUCAUGAUUUAAGUUUUGCACAAAAUAAAAGUCUUAGUCUUG